CAAGCGGAGCUUGAUUUCUCGAGGUGGAGCGUUUGUGACGCGUGACAUUUCUCGUUAAAGACUCCAUUUCCGCAGUGUUAAGAAAGAAAACGGGCUAAAAUUUGUUGGUUGUUUUAAAACGUUUGUCGCCGUUAAAAUCCCGAAUACGUUUACAGUGGAUUCCACUGGACACAGCGUUUGUGGGCAGUCAGUGAUGGAGUGAGAACCAAGGCGUGCUUAGUUUGCAUGCUAGGAUGGACGCGAGUCCCAGUAAACGGAAAAGGAAAAAGAAAUGCUUGCCAUGUCUUUUUCUUCUGCUGAUUCUUCUAUGGCAAGCAGAUGCUAUAUCAGACAAGACCUUGGAGGGACAGUAUAACAGCAGCCAAUCAGUUUCCUGCUCAGAAAAUGAGUAUGAAAAUGACAAUGGUGUCUGCUGUGACAAGUGUCCACCAGGGUUUAAACUAAAGAAGAAAUGCACAGGAAAGGGUCUGAGGUCUCAGUGCGAGAAAUGCAGUAGUGGAACUUACCAAGAGAAUACAAACUACUUUGAAAAUUGCUUUAGAUGCGAUAAAUGCUUAAAAAAAAAUGCAGUUGAAAUCACACCUUGUACACACUUCAAAAAUAGGGAAUGUGGCUGUAAGAAGGGAUACUACAAAAAAGAGAUCAGUUCCUCUUCAUGGUACUGUGCUUCCUGCAAAAAAUGUGGAGAUGGAGAGAGGCAGCACCCAGAGUGUGCCGGGAAGAAGGACACUGUAUGCAUAUGCAAAGAUCUCUACUACCGUGUGGACAACAAGACCUGUGCACCCUGCACCAACUGCAGUCCGGAAUUUUGUUCCCAAUGUCCAGGUUUCAUAAUCACCAAGCCGACCCACAAACCAGAAGCUACAUUAACCGGACCCUACAUAAUCCUCAUCACAAUUACAGUUUUGUCGAUGACUGUGACUGUGGGAUUCAUCGGGUAUAUAGUCCUCAGAAAGUGGAUAAAGUUGAGGUGUAGAGGACAAUCCUCGACCAGCUGGCCAGAGUCACUUGAACCACAGCAACACGUGGGAGUGCAGAGUCUCAAUUUCACAGACUUGCCAAUUAAAGUGGAUGAAAGCCCUCUGUUCACAAGCCAAUGUGCAACAACUAAGAAGGACCUGGUGCUACCAGACUGUAUCCCCAGAGAGAUUAAAUCUCAUGAGUUCAUCUAUUUUCUGCUGGAUGAAGUCCCCAUCAGCCGCUUUAAGGAGUUGGUUAGGCGUCUGAACAUCUCUGAGCAAGACAUUGAGAGGGCAGAGCGGGACAAUCGAGCCUUCAUGGACGCUCAGUACCAGAUGCUGAAGCUGUGGAGUCACAGCAGACAUGGAGGAGGCAUUAACAUUUUCCCACAGUCCCUCGUACACGAGUGUAUCUGCACACUAAAGGACAUGAAUCUGCAUGGCUGCGCAGAGAACAUUGAGAACAAGUACUGCACUGAGGCUCAGACACUCACACUGCACAUAUAAGCACACAAAAACACAUGUAUGCACCUGAGCACAUGUGCACGCUUUCAUCCCAGCAAGAACAAAUAGAAAAGAGGGCAUUAAUUGAUUUUGCAGACUGUUAAUCACUUGCACAGGCUGUUACAGUAACACAGCAUCACCACCACCUUAAUGAAACUGCAUUAAGGUGACAUAAAUAUUUUAAUAUGUUAUUUUACUGUGCUCCAGUGCCCCUUGUCCAGGCACAGGGCCCAUUGCAUCUUCACCCCUUGCUUUACCAUCAAAAUUAUCCUGUACCAACAAAAUUAUCAGUUGGUUGUUUUUUUUCUUAUACACUAUAACAAUGUGUUAGUUAACUUGCAGCUACCCUUGUUAAGGAACUCUGAUUUUAGUGUUAUAAACUUUGUUACAUUAGCAUUAAUGCUGAAAUCACUUUUUGCUUUUUUAUAUUUUAAUUAGGCUUUUUGAGAUUAUCAGAUGAAUUCUAUAGAAAAACUUUAAAUUGUCAGUGCUUUUGUGCUAUGAGCACCAUUUAGCUGAUGCUUUUAUCCAAAGCAACUCAUCAUAACAGAGUACAAGUUCAGGGCUUUGCUCAGGGGCCCAACAGUGGGGUGUAAACCUACAAUCUUCCCAUUACCAGUCAAGUAACUUAACCACUGAGCUACCACUGUCUCAUCAAUGCUUUACUGUUUGCUCUGGUGAUUUGCAUUUAAAACUCUAAUGAUUGAAAACUAAUUAAAAUUUAAUCAGAUGUACUGUAAAACAAAACAAAUGACAUUUCCUUGCUUUUACAGUUUGGUUGAUAAACCAAGACAUGUUUUAAAGUUCAAACUUUAGUAAUAACAAGAAGUGAAAUGCAGUUUCUCCAGUUCAGCAGAAUAUAAACUGUAGAUCUGUAGUGAAUCAUACAUUUCUUUAAAAUACUUCAAGUAAGGAACUAAGAUUUCCUGUUAAACUGAAACUGCAGUCUGACACUAAUAUUUCAUCAGUUCUGUAGUGAUUCUGUCAUGUGACUGGCCUUUUAGAGCUAGUGUAGACCUGGAGCCUCCCGUGACCUUGGACUCUUCAUUAAGGAUCACAUGUGCAGUAGGCUGAUUGGAAAAUAAUGCUGCAUUUAUAUAAGUAGGUGCUAUUUAGCACAUUCCCUUUUAAAUGUUUAUUUUUGUACUCAUAAACUUAAAUAAAAAAUAAAUUUUGAACACGUGU